UCUGGGGAGGCGGAGCCGAGUGGGCGCCAGGGACGGGCCUUGGGGCCGGGCGGAGCCUCGUGGAUGAGUCUCAAUGACCGCUGGCCCGCAAGGCCUCCUCCGGGCGGGAUCCCUUGCUAGGGCGAUAUGGGGGCGGAGCGUGGGUGCGGGGGCGGGACCCAAGGGCCGGAAGCGGACGGAACCCGGGGUACCGUAAUCGGCCCGCCAUGGACGAAGCGGACCGGCAGCUCCUGCGGCGAUGUCGGGUGCGCCUAGUGGGCGAGCUGCAAGUCGCCGAGAUCUGGGACGCUCUGCUGAGUCGAGAGCUCUUCACUCGGGACAUGAUCGAGGAUAUCCAGCGGGCAGGCUCUGGGUCUCGGCGGGAUCAGGCCAGGCAGCUGGUCACAGAUCUUGAGACCCGAGGGAGGCAGGCCCUCCCUCUCUUCAUCUCCUGCUUAGAGGACACAGGCCAAAACACCCUGGCUUCAUUCUUGCGAACCAGUCGGCAAGCAGCCAAGCAGGAUCCAGAGGCUGUUAAACCCACAGACCACCUGGUACCUGUGGUCCUGGGACCAAUGGGACUCAAGCCAAAGGAGCAGAGAGUCGUGAAGCCGGACCCAUCGCCACCUGCCCUGGGAAACCUCACCCCAGUGGUGCUGGGGCCGGAAGAGCUCUGGCCUGCUCGGCUCAGGCCAGAGGUUCUCAGACCAGAAACACCCAGGCCAGUGGACAGUGGUUCUGGCAGAACUCAUGAUGUCUGUGCUCCAGAGCAGAUCAAGGGUCAUACAGCUAUGGCAUACACCCUGGAUGCGGACCCCUGUGGCCACUGCCUCAUCAUCAACAAUGUGAACUUCUGCCCUUCCUCGGGGCUCAGCACCCGCACUGGCUCCAGUGUGGACUGUGAGAGGCUUCAGCACCGCUUCCGCUGGCUGCAUUUCAUGGUGGAGGUGAAGAAUGACCUGACUGCUAAGAAAAUGGUCGCGGCUUUGGUGGAGAUGGCACAGCGGGACCACCAUGCCCUGGACUGCUUUGUGGUGGUCAUCCUCUCUCAUGGCUGCCAGGCCAGCCACCUGCAGUUCCCGGGUGCUGUCUAUGGCACAGAUGGAUGCUCCGUGUCCAUAGAGAAAAUUGUGAACAUCUUCAAUGGGACUGGCUGCCCUAGCCUGGGCGGGAAACCAAAGUUGUUCUUCAUCCAGGCCUGUGGUGGCGAGCAGAAAGACCAUGGCUUUCAGGUGGCCUGCACUUCCUCUCAAGGUGGGGCCUUUGACAGCGACUCGGAGCCAGACGCUGUACCGUACCAGGAAGGCCCAAGGACCUCUGACCAGCUGGACGCCGUGUCAAGCUUACCCACCCCCAGUGACAUCCUCGUAUCCUAUUCCACCUUCCCAGGGUUUGUCUCCUGGAGAGACAAGAAGAGUGGUUCCUGGUACAUUGAGACCUUGGACGGCGUCCUGGAACAGUGGGCUCGCUCUGAAGACCUGCAGUCCCUCCUCCUCAGGAGUGUCCCCUUCCUGGAGGCCUCAAUGAGAAUGAACAGGGAAGGGGCAUGGUGGUGCCUUGCUUCACAGCAGCCAGCCACCAACUCAGGCACUUGCUCCCCACGAGGUGUACCAGGCUUUUUCUUUUGGGCCACCAACCAGCUCCCAAAUCAUGACAUGGAGACUUACUAGUUAUGUUGUCGCCAAUGCUGUUUCUGAGAAGGGGAUUUAUAAGCAGAUUCCUGGCUGUUUUAACUUCCUCCGGAAAAAAAUGUUUUUUAAAACUUAAUGAGGUUGGGGCGGCUUAUUGCCUCAAUGCCCUCCCCUAAACCUUCGUGGACUGGACGUGGCUGAGGCCAGGACUGUCCUGCAAAGCCAGGUUUUUGGAACUGGGGCAGGCUGCUCUUUCCCCUUCCGCGGCAGACAGGCUCCUAGCAGCUUCCGGGUUGGUGAGAGAUACAGAGCAGUGGAGGGAGAGGAAUAGAGCGCUGUGGCUGCCACCUGGCCUCUUCAUCUGUGGUUAGGAACUGUGGCCUGUGACCACCAGGUCCUCUCUAGAGCAGGGCUUCUCUGCUGCUGCACUGUUGACAUGUGGGGUGGCGUAAUCCUGUCAUGGGACUGUCCUGUGUAUUGUAGGGUAUUUUGAGCCAUCUCGGGUCUCUACCUGCCAGCUGCCAGGAGCACCCUGCCUGAGUUCUGCCAACCAGAAAUGUCUGCAGACAUUGUCACACGUACCCUAGGGGACAUAACAGCCCCCACUGGAGGACCAUAGUCCGCAGUGGUCUGUGGCUCAGACACACCAGCAUCUCUCCUUCCCAGACCCACAGUCCAGCUGGUCCAGUGUGAACACCUGGAUCUGUGAGUUCGUUGAAGUUUCCAGAAGGAUUCAUUCUAACUUUAGCACAUUAUUUAUUCUUAAAAAAUAAACCUUGGGCCAAAGGGCUUCCUUUGGCCCGUGUCAUCCCCCACUUCUGUUCUGUUCUUCCCUACAAAGCAGACCUUUGUAUUUUCUGAGCAUUUCUCCACGUCUUCUAACAUCCCUGUCCCAGCCCAGGAGGUGACUUGCGGGAGUCCCCAGAAGCUCCCACAGAUCAUCUCCUGUCUUGAAGGGCCAUGGUUACCCUACUGGAGACACCUGGACAGAGCUCGGCUAUCCUGAGUCCCCACCUCUGUCUCCUAGUGUCUUCCUCCCAGUGAACCUGUCCCCUGAGGGCAGUGAUUAUGCAGGGGUGAAAUGCUGGGCUUCCCUGGAGAAGGUGCUGCCCCUGGGGGUUUUAAAGCUGUCCCGACUUUCACUUAGUUUUCUUUUUUUCUGGUCUCGGUAUCUUUGCUUUAUGAACAUCCAUUUGAGCUCAGACAGUAGGGGUGCCAAGCCUUGUUUGUUUAUUUUUGGGCUGGGUUCUGACUUUGUAGCCUAGGCUGGCCUCAAAAUCUCCAUCCUGACUCCUCCUGAGCACUGGGAUUACAGUGUGCACCACCACACCAGGCUCCUCCACAGGCUUUGUUUCCAGGGCCCUGAGGUUAGGGUGUCUGGUUAAUAAUAAGACAGACUCGUACCAGGGUGUGAUUCAUAUAGUCAAUUUAUUACUGCUUUCCUUGUGUGACACUUCCAAGGUGGCAGUCCCAGAGCCAUCUUUGGUUAGUACUUUUGAAUCACCUGCAGGACACACAGGAGAAAGUGAGGUUAGCCUGAUGGCUGAGCAUUAAUUCUCAGGGAGAAAGGGCGUGGUCACGGCUUUCUCUUCCUGUAAAGAGGGGCCUUAGCCUGGUCCUGCUGGGGCUUCAGAACUGGAGUGUGAAUCUCUAGUGACAUGACAAGUCACUACGUAGCUCUGGCUGUGCUGGAACUCAUUCUGUAGAUCAGGCUGGCCUUGAACUCACAGAGCUGCCUGCCUCUGCCUCCCAAGUACUGGGAUUGAAGGUGUUGACCAUCACACUGGGCUAAUUUGUUCCUUAAGAUUACUCUUUGAGGCACUAACAUAGUGUAUGGGUUGGGGGGAUGUCACUUGCUUUCCAAGACCAAUUAGCAGGAUCAAAUACGUUUUUGGGUGUGUCUUUUUUUUUUUUUUUUUUUUUUUUUUUUGAGAUGGGAGUUUCUUAUAGCCCAGGAUGGCCUCAAAGUUGCCAUGUGGCCAGGGAUGACCUUGAAUUCCUGACCCUCUCUACCUCCACCUGUGCUGGGAUUCCCUAUGCAUUCUAACAUACAGGCUCCCUCGCCCAGUAGAGCUGCUGAUUUCUAUAGCACAGGCAUUCAGAACAGAGUACAAGGAUCCUUGUCUAAGGUUGCUCACUGCAGCAGUGUGGGCAUUAAAAACGGAACACAGAUGAAACAUCCCUCAUGACAUUUGUGUUGUGGAUACCUCACAGCAGUUCAGAGUGACAGGUGACAGCUGAGCGCAUUGAACAAGCAGACUGUGAUUGUGGCUUUUGGUUAGAAGACAAUAUACACACCUAGUUGUGGGGUUUUAAUUUGUAAUCCUUUGGCCUCAGCCUGGUUUUUUUUUGUCUGUUUGUUUGUUUUUUUUUUUUCUGGGGCAAGGGGGCAGUUUUGAGACAGGCUUUCUCUGUGUAACAGCCCAGGCUGUCCUGGACUUUUGACCAGGCUGAACUUGAACUCACAGAGAUCCACCUGCCUCUGCCUUCCAAGCGCUGGCAUUAAAGGCGUGCGCCACCAUUCCAGGCUAAGUGUUUUGAUUAUAGGUGGUGUACCACCAUGCUUGGCUACGUUAGCCUGGUUUUGUCUCAUGUAGCCCAGGUUGGCCUUAAAACAAUCCUCCUGCCUCUGCCUUCCAAGUACCGGGCAUCACAAACCUGCACCACGUCUGGCAGUACAGGGUUUUGUUCUGUUCUGUAUGUUGGUCUCAUAUACACAAAGCCUGGAAGAGCACAUGGCAUGUAAUUCACAGUGACUCCCUCUGUAGAAUGGGAACAGAGGUUAAAGUGAGGGGAUCUUCACUGCUUACUUAAUACACUCCUAUAUUCUUUUUAUAAACAAUAUUUUCAAUAAAGAAAUGUAUUCCUUUCUGAACAGAACAAUAAAGCUGUGAUUGCUGAAGCA